AGUAAUGUGGAAUAAACUGGAAUAGAAUUAAUUUCAAAUUGAUGAGAACUUUAAUUAAAUGUUUAAGUUAAUUCUAAAAAAUUAAACAAAUAUUUUUUAUAACAAGAUAAUGUUAAGAGCUACUUACUAUAAUCUAUGGAAUGAUUACCUACUGAAACAUAACCUAAUAAGAUUGACAGCUUAGUACAAAAUGAUAGAGGAAUAUGACGAAAAUUUGCUUAAUAAAAUACAAUUACUAUCAAUAGAGAAGUCUUGUAGGAUCUGCAUUACCUCUAGUUACGAAAUGAGCAACAUAUUUAACGAGAAACAUCCGGAGAUACUUGAAAAAAUCGAAUUCUGCACUGGUAUUUUGUUAAAACCUGAAGACGGUCUUCCGGCACACAUAUGCGGAAUGUGCAGUAAGAACCUGACAGUUGCUUUUGAUUUCAAAACGAAAUGUAUAUUCAGCGACAAAAUCUUAAGGAAACUCUGUACGGCGGUCAAAGAGGAACACAACUGCACCAGUGAAAUCGACUAUGAAGAUGACAACAAUGAUUUCUUCACCAACAACAAUGAAACAAAGAGUAAAUCGAGCAAGGAUUGUGAGGUUGACGUAACCAUUGUUAAGACGGAAUGCAUGGAUGCUCAGAAUGACUUUAAGAAGAUUAAUUUGAAAGCAUUUAAAUGCAAAACUGUAAGACGGAAAAAGAAAAAUAAAUCUAUACUGAGGAAUCGGGAGGUAAUUAAGAAAAAGAAGGUUGUGGAAGAACCGGCUGAAGCCUUAGAACCUGAACCGCCGAUUGAAUUCCCGUGCGGUAUAUGCGAUUUGAAUUUCGAUAACAAAAAAUCUCUAGUGGCGCAUCGAAAAGAAAAACAUUCCAGUAAAGACGGACUGAUAUGCGAGAUAUGUGGUAAGCUGUUCCCGCGCGCUUCGUACAGCACUCACCUACGUACGCACAGGACGCCGAACUACAAGUGCGACCAUUGCGAUUACGGGACCGUUUACAAGAGCGACCUGGUCAAACACGUUCAGAGGCACUGCGGCAACACCAAAACGUACAAGUGCGAUUCCUGCACGUGCUCGUACUACACGUGCUCGAGUCUGUACGCCCACCGGCGGCUCGUGCACCAGGGCGAGAGGCGCUUCCCCUGCACCCACUGCGAGAAGAGAUUCAACGAUAGGAGCAAAUUGCAGAGGCACAUCGACACGCACUUCGGCGUCAAGCGAUACGAAUGCGAGAUAUGUCAUUCGUGUUACACGCGGCGUUGCUAUUGGAAGAGGCAUCUGCUGAAGCAGCACAACAUCGAGACCCCCCGCAUGAAGCCGGGGCGGCAGCGCGCGGGGACCCUCCCGGGGGACCACCAGAGCAAACGCCUCAAGUGUAACUACAGGACGUGAUGGGGGGUCGACGGAAGGCGAUUAAAAAUCUUAUUUAUUGAGUGUAAAUUAUUGUUAUGGAUGUUUAUUAAACGUUUAUUAUUGUG